UCUCACAUUUUCUCCUUUACCAAGUCAAUGAACAGGCUAUCAUCCAUAAGAGCAAAGUAGAAAAGAAAAGUACUUUCACAAUUUUUAUGUUCUGGAUAACCCCAAUCAAUCACCCACUUUUCUUUUCUUUUUUUCUUUGUUUAAGAAAAGAUUAUUCAGCAUAAAUUGAGAUUUCAGUGUACAGCCAUAAAUCUCUCUUGUCCUUUCCUAUAUAUAACAUCCCAAUUUUAAGCAUUUAGACAUAAUCUUUUAUAUCUCAUAUUCCAUCAUCUAACCUUUCUUUGAAAAGAAAGAAAAAAGAAAAUGGCAGAAUUCUGUGUUCUAGUGUGGCUUAGCAUUCUUUUGGCUUUUGGGUUCAUCAAUGGCUCUUUGGCAGAGGAGAAGAUUGGUGUAUAUGAGCUGAAGAAAGGAAAUAUCACUUUAAAGCUCACCAACUAUGGUGCCCGUGUUAUCUCUGUAUAUCUCCCUGAUAAAUAUGGAAAGGUGGAUGAUGUUGUUCUUGGUUAUGAUUCUAUUGAUGAGUACCUGAAUGACACAUCAAGCUUUGGAGCCACUGUUGGAAGGGUUGCUAAUAGAAUUGCUGGUGCUCAAUUUACUUUGAAUGGAACCACCUAUAAACUUGUUCCUAAUGAAGGGAAGAACAUGCUUCAUGGUGGCCGUAAAGGAUUCAGCAAAGUUGUUUGGAAAGUUAAGAAAUAUAAGCAAGCUGGCCAUACUCCUCACAUUACCCUUACCUAUCGCAGCUUUGAUGGCGAAGAAGGAUUCCCUGGUAAUCUUCGUGUCACUCUAGCUUACACGCUGCUUGAGAACAACCAAUUGAGUAUAACAAUGAAAGCAAAAGCUCAAAAGAAGUCUACCCCUGUGAACCUUGCUAACCAUGCCUACUGGAACCUUGGCGGCCAGAGCAGUGGCGACAUUUUAUCCCAAGAAAUCCAAAUAUUUGCGUCCCGGUACACUCCACUUGACAGCCAGCUUAUUCCCACAGGCCAGAUUGUAUCAGUCAAAGCAACACCUUACGAUUUCCUUAACCCCGCAACAAUUGGUAGCAAGAUCAACCAACUCCCGAAAGGCUACGAUAUCAAUUACGCACUCGACGCCAGCGCCCACAACAAGAUGAAGAAGACAGCGAUUGUGCAUGAUAAGAAGACUGGAAGAGUAAUGGAGUUGUUUACGAAUCAACCUGGACUGCAAUUCUAUACAAGCAACACAUUGGAGAAGAAGGGCAAAGGUGGAUUUGUGUAUAAACCUCAUGCAGCUUUGUGCUUGGAGACUCAGGGUUAUCCUGAUGCAGUGAAUCAUCCUAAUUUCCCUUCCGUGAUUGUCAAUCCAGGGAAAUCUUACAAGCAUUACAUGCUCUUUAAGUUUUCAACUUCUUAGCUUAUUUUCUUCUUCUCUUUUUCAUCUGAGAUAGUGUAAUAUUUUUAGGUUCCCACGAAAAUUAAUAAUUUUGAUGCAGACAGCAAACAAUUUUAUAUACUGCAGAAGUUUUGGAA